AUGUCAUUAAAAAGGAAAGCUCCAGAAAUUGAAAUUGAAGAAGAAGAUGAGUGUGAUGGUGGUCUUUCUGGUGGAGAUAAUAAUUUAUCCUCUGAUAAUGAGGUAAUGGAUGAUAAUUAUGAUUCAGAUAUUGAAGAUGUCAAUGUUAAUGAUGAAGAAUUUGCAGAGAUUGGUUCUGAUGAAUUAGAAGGUUUAUCUUCAGAAGAUGAGGGAGUAGUGAAAAAGAAGAAGAAGUCUAUUGUUAACGAUGAUGAAUCAGAGGAUAGCGCUCAAUAUGACGAUGAUGAAUCGGAAGAAGAUACAUCAUCAGAUGAAGAAGGUGUUGUUCCAAAUGCUAAUAUGAAAAAAGAAAAGCUAAAAGUUGUUCAUUUUGAUAGUGUCAAAACAAUUAAAAAAAGAGAAAAAGCUGCAAGAAGAUUAACAAAUCGUCAAUUGGUUGAAAAAAAGAAAGAAAAGAUGGCUCAUUUAAAAAUGGGAAUGGUCAAACCAGAUUAUGCUAAAGAUAGAACAAAAGAAAAAGGUUUAGCAAAAAUAGCUUCUUUUGGUGUUGCAACAUUAUUUAACCAAGUUUUAGAGUAUAAAAAACGUGUCCGUGAAGAUGAAACUGUUAAGAAAGAAGUUAAAAUUAUGGAUAUUGAUAAGAAAUACAAAGCACAAUUGGAUUCUUUGCCUAGAACAGCUAAUAGAUUUACAAUUAAAAACAAUACUAAGAAGGAAGAAGUAUAA